GGGUCAGAGCUGCUGGUUCGGAGUCUGAGCAGCAACGUCCUCAGCCUCCUGUGCCGUCUGCAGGGUUUCUGUUGGAAGGAUGACCGCCGGAAAUAAGGAGAAUGUGCGGCUCUUUGAUGCAGGGGCCAAAGGUCGGGGCCUGAAGGCCAGCAAAGCGUUCAACACCGGGGAAGUGGUCUUUGCCGAGCCAAGCUACUCUGCCGUGGUGUUUGACAGUCUGGCCUCUCAGGUGUGCCACAGCUGUUUCCGGCGCCAGGCUCAGCUGCACCGCUGCGCUCAGUGCCGCUUCGCCCACUACUGCGACCGCACCUGCCAGACUGCAUGCUGGGAAGAGCACAAGCAGGAGUGUGCAGCCAUCAGGAAGAGCGGCAAGGCUCCCAGCGAAUCUGUCCGCCUGGCAGCUCGUGUCCUCUGGCGUCUUCAUAAGGACGGCGGCCUGGCGUCGGACAGUCAGCUGGUUUCGGUGGACCAGCUGCAGGAGCACGUGGACCAGCUGUCUCAGGAGCAGCUCCAGCAGCUCCAGAGGGACGUGCGCGUCCUCCAGGAUUACUGGUCCUACGGGAGCAAGCAGCACUCUGCCGAAUACAUCUCCCACAUAUUUGGCAUUAUCAAGUGUAACGGAUUCACGCUGAGCGACCAGAGAGGUCUGCAGGCUGUCGGCGUGGGUCUCUUUCCCAACCUGGCCCUGGUCAACCACGACUGCUGGCCCAACUGCACCGCCAUCCUCAACCACGGCAACCACUCAGCUGUGAACUCUGCUCUUCAUUCUCCGAGGAGGAUCGAGGUGCGGGCUCUGGGGAAGAUCUCCGAGGGCGAGGAGCUGACCGUCAGCUAUGUGGACUUCCUGCAGCUCUCUGCAGACCGUCAGAACCAGCUGAAGGAGCAGUACCACUUUGAGUGCUCCUGCAAACACUGCAGCCAGCACAUCUCUGAUGAUCUGAUGAUGGCAGCUGCAGAUGGACAGGACUCUCCGCCGUCUGCCGAGCAGAUCAAGGAGCUCUCUGCCUUCAGCAAGGAGACUCUGGAGAAGAUUGAGAAGUCCCGCCUGGACAGGGAUUACAGUGAGGUGCUGAAGCUUUGCAGAGAGUGUCUGCAGAAGCAGCAGGGAGUCCUGGCUGACACUCACCUGCACAGACUGCGCGUGCUCAGCACGGCCGCCGAGGUGCUGUCGUACCUGCGGCAGUUCUCCGAGGCCGCAGACUGCGCCCGCAAGAUGGUGGAGGGAUACAUGAAGCUGUAUCACCCCAACAACGCCCUGCUGGGCAUGGCCAUCAUGCGAGCGGGCGUCACCCUCUGGCACGCCGGGCAGGUCGAGGAGGGUCACAGCCUGAUCUGCAAAGCCUACAGCAUCCUGAUGGUGACCCACGGGCCCAACCACUCCGUCACCCGAGACCUGGAGAAAAUGCGCGGACAAACGGAGCGGGAGCUGAAGAUGCUCCAGCAGAACGAGGACGUUUACGCCCCCAAGAAGCAGAACAUCAGCAGCUGCAGCGCAGACGACAGCGCCAAGGCCUUCCUCCGCGAGCAGUGAAGAGCAGGAGGGAGGAGCUCCUCCUCAUCCUCAUCCUGACUGUGAACCACACCGGUGUGCAAAUUAAAAGUCCAACUGUCUGUCUGUUCCUGAUCAAUGAAAGUGAACAAAGUGCUGCUGAAUUAUCAAAGUGUUCCUGAAAACUCCAAAAACGAUGUUUGUUUUUGACAAUCCUGGCAGGAAAUUGUGGAACCACCUAAUGAAAACUGUUUGACAAAAGUUACAUAUUUUGUGGAAAAUGUUUGUAUAUUUACUCUUUUAUGAGGUUAAAAAAUUGAAAUGACUUAUGAAUGUGCCUUGAAACAAAGCUCAUGCUUGAAAAGGUUUGCUCAGAAGGAACCUGAAAAACCCAGAGAAUCUUAAGUUUAAAAGUUUAUCGUCAUGAAAAAGUUGAGAACAACAAAGUAAGACUGUCAUCUGAAUUAUUCAAAUGUUACCUUAGAAAAUAUAUGUUUAUGUCGUUUACAGAAAUGCUUUUCAAACUCCCAGACUGAGAGUUGUUCUGCGGUCACUGACUGUCAGGGAAAAUGAAAUAAAAGCUCAGCGUCUCUGUUGA